AUGUCAGCGGGCGGAUUGCGGGACGAGCGAGAGGGCCGAUUAUGGAGUGAGUUAGGAAGUAGUAGUGUGAGAGUUGGUGAGAGUUGUACCUCUUCACCAACAAUGACUCAGUACCUUAACUACCGUGUCAAUCUUCAGUUGAAGGAUGGAUCCAAUCCCUCGGGACUCAUCACUCGUGUAAGUAAUGAUAGCAUCACUUUACGUGAUGCUACUGAUGCUCAUAAGCAUCCCAUACCUGAUCUCAAUAUCUUAAGUACUCAAAUAGCUGAUUUAAAAGUAAUUAAAUUACCAGCGGAUUUCUAUAAAUCCAAUAAAAAGAAUAAGGAAAGAGAAAAGAAACAUCUGUCUUCUGAACCAGAAACUUCCAAUUCAAUUAUUGUUGAAGAUAGCAAUAACAAAAUCAAAAUUAAACAAAAUCAAGAUAAUGAUCCUGAUUGGGAUAAUGAAUCUCUGAAGGUUCUGAAUCUAACUGAUUUUGACUUUGCAGCUAAUUUAAAGAUGUUUGAUAAAUCAUCAGUAUUUGCUGAUUUUAAAAAGAAAGAUACUGUCAAUCCUCAUGAUCGAUUGGUAGGUCAUAAUAAACUUGAAAAUGUUUUAAAAGUUGCCAAAUCUAAAAAGGAUAAAUAUGAUAUUGAUGAAAUGGUUCUUGAUUCUAAUAAAAAGGAUAAUUGGGAUAAUAUAGGUAAUGCUACUCGAAGACAAUCUAAAGUUGAACGAUCAAAAUCUCCUAAUCCUCUUAAGGAUGGACCAAAUUCUUCAUCAACUAAUCUUAAAUUUGUUGAUUCAUUAUCAUUAAAUCCAAUCCCUCUUGCAUCACCAGUUCAAAUGUUAGAAAUUGAACGAUUAAGUUCUAUAUCAUUUGGAUUAUCGUCUAAUUUAAUUACUGAGAUUGCUGCCACUAAUUUAUCUCAAUUAAUUACUAGUAAAAUUUUAGGAGGUUCAACAAGAUUAAGUAAUAAAAAGAAUCAUAAUUUACCUCCAUUAGUUUUACUUUUAAUUGGAUCUUCAAGAGUAGCGAGUAGAAAUUUUGCUACUGGACGUCAUUUAACUAAUCAUGGAGUUAGAGUUUUAGCUUAUGUAUUAAAUGAAGAAAUUCUUGAUGAUACAAAUGAAGAAGAUAUUGAUCAUCAAUUAUCAGUGCAAUUACAUUUAUUUGAAAGUUGUGGUGGGAAAGUUAUAACUGGAGAAUUUAAUCAAGUAUUAGAUAUAAUUAAUAAUCAAUUAGAUACUCCAGUAGAAUUAAUUAUUGAUGGAUUACAAGGUUAUGAUGAUCAUUUAGAUGAUAUUUUUUAUGAAGAUAUCGAUAGUAAGAAUUUAAAUCAUGUCAUUAAAUGGUGUCAUGAAUCUUCUCAAAUUAAUAAAAUAAUGUCACUUGAAGUUCCAUCAGGUUUAGAUGGAGGUUCAGGGAUUCUUACUAGUGAUACUCUUCAUAUAAAAUGUCGUUGGCUCAUAUCAUUUGGUAUUCCAAUUACGGGAUUAUUAUUGGCUUAUAAAAAUGGACAAUUGGAUGUUGAAAAUGAUGAUAUCACCCAUUAUUUAAUUGAUAUAGGGAUCCCCAAUAAAGUCUAUCAAGCCAAGAGUAAUUUAAGAAAGUUUGAUAAAUUCUGGUAUAGUGCCGAAUCAAUUAUAAAGAUUGAUGUAACUGAUUAA